UACAUGGAAGCAGAAAACUACACAGAACUAUCAGAAUUCCUCCUCCUGGGCCUCUCAGAGGAUCCUGAAAUGCAGCCUCUUCUCUUUGGACUAUUCCUGUCCAUGUACGUGGUCACAGUGCUUGGAAACCUGCUCAUCCUCCUGGCCAUCAUCUCAGACUCACAACUCCACACCCCCAUGUAUUUCUUCCUCUGCAACCUGUCCUUUGUUGACAUCUGUUUAACCUCCACCACGGUCCCAAAGAUGCUGGUGAACAUCCAGGUACAGAGCAAAGGCGUCUCCUACAUAGGGUGCCUCACACAGAUGUAUUUUUUCAUAGUGUUUGGUGGACUGGAUAAUAUUCUACUGACUGUGAUGGCCUAUGACCGGUACGUGGCCAUCUGCUACCCCCUACACUACACGGUCAUCAUGAACCCCCGCCUCUGCCUCCUCUUGGUUCUGAUGUCUUGGUUCAUCAUUUUCUGGGUAGCCCUGAUUCACAUUCUCCUGAUGAUGAGGCUGACCUUCUCCACAGGCACUGAGAUUCGACAUUUCUUCUGUGAUAUUGUUCAGUUUCUCAAGGUGGCACAUUCUGAUAUCUUCAUAAAUAACGUUGUCUUGUAUGUGACAACUUCACUGUUGGGUGUGUUUCCCUUCAUGGGGAUCCUCUUCUCUUAUUCUAGGAUUGUCUCCUCUUUAAUGCAAAUGUCCUACACUGCAGACAAGUAUAAAGCAUUUUCCACCUGUGGCUCUCACCUCUCUGUGGUCUCCUUGUUUUAUGGAACUGGGCUUGGGGUCUAUCUCAGUUCUGCUAUGACCUAUUCUUCCCAGAGUAACUCAAUUGCCUCGGCGAUAUACACUGUGGUCACCCCCAUGCUGAACCCCUUCAUCUACAGCCUGAGGAACGAGGACGUGAAGGGGACCCUGGGAAGACUCUUCAGCAGAGCAGCCUCCUGUCUGUGA